AUGCAUGGGGCGCGAUCUAAUAAUGUGAAGCGACGAGAGAAUCCCCGUUCAUUGGGACAACCACUUCCCAUACCAUCCGUAAGAAGAGGAAUUUCAUUGAGUCGAGGUGAUAACAACAUUCCCCAUCAUAACAAUAAUUCCAAGAAUAAAGAAAAUAAUAAUAAUAAUAAUAAUAAGGAUGUGCAUCAUAUAGUUCGAUUACCAAAAUUACAAAAACGAAACGAAGAGCCUUUUAUCUCAGAACUCACAAUCGCUACACAAAAACUACGCCGUACAAUUAUGAAUCAAACAGGUAGUCAUAUCUCACCAGGUGGAAUGUAUAAUGAAACCUUCUCUAAUACCGAUAUGUGUUCAGCAAUGGAUACUUUAUUAGGUACUGGAACUAUAUAUCCAGAUGCCACAGAAGCCUGGCAUAUCACUCAAACUCUUCAGAAUAUCUCCGUAGCGUUAUCCUUAGGAACUACACAUGAUGCUGGUGUGAUGAAUCCACUUUCAACACCUUCACUUCCUUUACCGAAUGGUGUGAUGAAUAACACGACUGGAAUGGGAGAUACUUUACUCAAACAAAGUGUGGAACGCCCAGUGCUAGCCAUGACGAUGGUGGAGGUGCCGUGGUAUAAACCCCCAUUGAAGUUGCAAUUAUUACAGCAGUCCUGUUGUUAUCCAGAUGAUACGCGGUUAUUCCGUCGCCGUGGAAUGAGAAAGUUCUCUACAGCCUCCAUCUGCAGUAACGCCGCAUCUCUUAUGAGCAAUACUUCUUCCUCUUCCGCCUCCUCUUCUUCUUCCUCUUUAUCCUCAUUAUUAUCUACAUCAUCCUUAUCAUCUGUCUUCUCGCCGUCUGAACAUCAUCAUCCUCAUCAUCCUCAUCAUCAACAACAUCGAGAAGAAGAAAAAAAGAAAAGAAAGAGUGGGAAAAUUACGUUACACAAACUAAUGCGAAAGGAUAUACAAGCGUUAUCAUCACAACAGCGUUUUCGUUACAUGCGGGCACAGCGCUUUAUAAAUGCCAUAAACAGUUGGUGUACAGUAGUCUCUCGAGUACCGUUGACAGAACGGGAUAAUCCCAGUGAACUACACGAGACUUGUAUGAUGCUUAUUUACAAAGAGGAAGAACGUUUAAUUCUCGCAAAGUCACUCAUUCGACAUCAGGCUUUGCAAAAGCGUGAACGACAUCGUCUGGCUAGACAAAUAGAAGAACAAGAGAAGGCGCGAGAUGAAGUGGCUCAACAUGAACGUAUGAUGAAACAAAAUCGAUGGAAAACCCUUCUUCGUCCAUGGACAAACGAAGAGGGAAUAGAAGAGAAAGCAAAGGGAGAUGAAGGUAAAGAAAUGGCAUCACCAGAACAACAAGAAGAGGAACAAAAAAAAGAAUUAAUGAGAGAGGAAUAUCAUGCAACAGCACAAUUACUACAAUUGGUUCCACAAUCUACAGAUCCAUCUGUUAUUCAACAAUCUAUUGCCCAGCGUAUCUUAACAAGUCCAGUAUCUAAUGAAAUGAGAUUAAUACAGGGAAGUAGAAAUGGAAGUUAUGUUGAUGAAGAUAAUAAUAAUAAUAAUAAAAGCCGCAUGAGUAGCAUAAAUAGCACGAUAUGUAGUACUCCACUACAGAAAUUACAUCUUCUUAUUGAGAAAAUUGCACGUUCCUAUAAGGGAAAGACAUCAGAUGUAAAAAAAUCUUCUGAUAUUAAACAUCACUUUCACAAGGUGUUUGAUACAUUUCGACAGUUUCGAGAGGGAAUUCUUUUCGCUCCAAGUAGUAGUGUAUACAAGGAAAUUAAUUGGGUAGAGCGAGUGAUUCAAAAUAAUGAUUUCUCUACACUUAAGGAAAUUACCCAAAAUAUUGUUAAACACAUCAAUGCAACUGAUACACUCUUACCUGGUGUAAUACCUUCUCUACAAUCACAACGACAACCACAACGACAAUCAUCACUAUUUUUAUUAGAUCGAAACACAAAGAACAUUACUGAUUCUCUCGUACAGGUAGACGCAUCUGCAAUACCGUCCACUCAAGAAAUGUUAUUUCCAAUUCGUUUAUACUUUGAUUCCCACAGUGGACGAAUGCGAGUUGUGACUGUAGAUGGUCUCACACUUUCAGGCAUAUCACAAUCAUCGAGACAAGGUAAUACUCCCUCUGCUACUCAUCAAGGUACUGUCAGUAAUAGUAAUAAAAGUAAUGUUGGCGAUAAUAAGGUCACUCAUAUGAUUUCACAUGUGGAUAAUACACAUAUGAAAGAAGAUACUAAUCUUGUUUCUUCUUCCUUUGAUCUUCAUACAUUUCUUUCCUCUACAAAUGAUAUUCUUGGUGAACCCCCACGCCGUUAUGAAGUACUAGUUGCCUACAGUAUUGAUACUGCAGCUAUUGUUCGACAGAGUCAAUGGAGGGCAGCAAUGAUGAAACAACUCGCAAAUGAAGAGUCUGUAGAAGUACAUCGCUGCAUUCUUGCUAGAGUUAUCGUCGCAUUAUCUAUUCACACGGUAGUCUCUACAGGAGGAGAGGAAGAAGAAGUGAAAAACAAAACUAGAUCACCAUCUGAAGUACCAGAAGGAGAAGGAGGAGGAAAAGAAGAAGAAGAAAAGAGGAGAUCACAAGCGACUUCCAUUUCUUUAUCUAUUUCUCCAUCUCUUCUACAUCAAGAAAACGAACGACAACAACAACAACAACAACAAUAUGAAAAACCAUUACAACUGAUGAAUCAUGAGAAAAUAUUAGCUGCACCAACACAACGUAAUCACUAUGUACUUGAUGUCCAACAGCUGUACUUUGUUGCCGCCUCUGCACUCAUGGAAAACAAUGAGACAAUUCUUCCAUCUCUUCAACGUCUACGUGUACAAUACCAUCGAUUAGCCGCUGAACUAAUAAGGAAUUCAGAAGGACACCAACCUGGAGACUUUACAUAUCCCUCUUCCUUACCCUUCACACAAACAGAUGUGGACUGUAUUAUGGAGCAACUUUCCAAUGUGAUCUCUCUAUUACAAUUAGAAACAACAUAUGGAGAACAACUUGCCGCAUUACACCGUAAUGAAUGUGCGGUAUUACAUUACAACUGUCAUGUUUCACCUUAUCGUGAGUUCCUGCGGGCGGAACAGGCAUUGUGGGCUCCACUCUAUCUCCGCACCUUACGCCUCGCCCACACCUUCUGUGUAUUGUUAGCCCAACUCGGUACACUUCCAAUUCCCCCACGUUAUCGUCCAUUCCUCGGCCCAGUGCUGCAACUCCUUAACUGCCAUGGUGGACAGAAGGAACUCCGCCUGUGUAUUGACGAAUGUUUACUUGAACUCGAGGAACGGGGGAAACGUGUACGCAUGCCAUUGUUGCAGCGUGAAGUGCAGGCAAAUGCGCAGAUGGAGUUGGAUACCGCUGCUGCCGCAGUAGAGGCGGGAUACUGUAGCCCUGAACAGAUUAUUACUUGUUUGGCUGUGCCGGAGGACGUAGUGGGCACAGAACCGGAACUCCUGACGAUGCCAACAAUGCUCUUUGUAGAUGUUCCUCCUAUUACGGGGUAA